CCACGCAAAAGAAACUGGGGCUUAGACCUGACCGACCGGACUUCACGGUCACUGUCGACAAGACAGAAAUUGCCUGGGGUGAGAUCUCAGGCCCCGCUCAUGAGAACGACAACUGGAAGAACCUUUGGGAUUUUUUCCGCGAUCUACGCUACGGCAAGGCCUUUUUGGACUCUGGAUUUAGAAUGGCACCUCUCUUUCAUAUCGUCUACGAGGUUGGAACCUAUAUGCGAUUACAAACCGAAACCCGAGGGAUGUAUGUCCUUCAUGAAGUGGAGGGAUAUUGGGAAUAUCGCGAAAGGCCCACUGAACGUUCUCAAAAGGUCGUGGGGAUAUCAAGACCUGGACAAGUCCAAAAUGGCUCUCGUCCAACGAUCCAGUGGCCAGAAAAAGCAGAAGAGCACGCCCAACGAUCCUGCCAACCCUCAACAAAACAACGACGACAGGCAGGAUGACGCUGUGCAGGCUACCUGUCGGUCGCAGAUUUGAGCUCUCUCUGAUUGUUGAACACCUGUGAUGAUCCC